AAACAACACACAGUAUAUAAUUCUGCUUAAACAUAAGAUAAAAAAAAUAUUAAAAGUAAAUUAUCUCGUAAAUGGGAAUUCUUUUCAAAUGGCAGUUUGUGAAAUGAUGGAGAACUACGCGGCUGUUUUGUAUGGACCUGAAGAUUUAAGAGUUGAAAAAUGGCCGGUACCAGAUAUUAAUGAAAAAGAGGUCUUGGUAGAGAUCAACUGCGUUGGGAUUUGCGGUUCGGAUCUUAAGUUUUAUUUGACUGGAAAGUGCGGUAUCGAAGUGCUCUCGGAACCUGUUGUCUUGGGACAUGAAGGUGCAGGUGUUGUAAUAAAGGUGGGAAGUGAAGUGACGAACCUCGCAGUCGGUGAUCGAGUGGCUAUAGAGCCAACGCAGCCAUGCCGUGGAUGCGAGUUCUGCAAGCAAGGUCGCUACAACCUGUGCGACCAGCCGCGGUACUGCUCCUCUGCAACAGGUCCUGGCAACCUGUGCAGAUAUUAUAAGCACGUUGCAGACUUCUGUCACAAGAUUCCUGAAAACUUGAGCAUGGAGGAGGGUGCAGCGGUGCAGCCUCUUGCCAUCGCAAUUCACGCGUGCAACCGUGCCGGCGUACGGCUCGGCAGCACGAUCGUAAUCAUGGGUGCGGGGCCCAUAGGGGUGCUGUGCGCGAUGACUGCGAGGGCGAUGGGUGCUGCUAAAAUACUCAUAACUGAUGUAGUUGAGACUCGACUCAAAAUCGCUAAGAAGUUAGCCGUAGACCACACAGUACUUAUAUCACCGGAACAAAGCGAGCAGGAGAUAAUAGAAACAAUUUUAAAUAUUCUUGGGACGACUCCAAACAUCACUAUUGACGCUUGUGGCUUCGAAUCUGCUCAAAGAAUAGCUUUAAAGAUUACACGCACCGGUGGCACAGUGCUAGUCGUGGGCGUCGGUCCGGAGACUGUACAGGUGCCACUGAUGAGCGCAUUGCUGCGAGAAGUGGACGUGCGUGGUGCUUACCACCUUCUCAACUCGUACCCAUUGGCGUUAGCUGCAGUGUCGAGUGGCGCAAUAGACCUUAAGUCAUUUAUUACACACCACUAUCCUCUGGAGAAGUCUAAAGAUGCUAUAGAGUUCGCGAAAACAGGUGAAGCGAUGAAAGUUAUCAUACAUGUAUCGAAAACAGUUUGAUUUCAUUGUAUUGUAUUGUACACAAAUAUUUCUUUUAAUGAAGUAUUUUUUUAUGAAAUAAAAGUUUCAGUUGUUAUUUGC